UAGUGAUCGUAGCGGAAAAAGACUUAAAAAAAUCUAUUCAUUAUAUUAAGACUAAAAAUAUCUUUAAUCCUUAGACAGUUCUUAUUUAUAAACAAUAUCGUAACUUAGAAAAAUGAAGCUAUUUAUAUGUAAAAGAAAGUUGAUGAAUAUUAUAUUGCAUACAAUAAUUUAUUUUUUGCAUUCUUCAUCAUACACUACCGGAACUAAAAGAAACGACGAGCCGAAGAGAGAGAGAAAGAGUAAAAAAAAUAAUACUUUUCAAUCGUAUGUGUGUAUGCCUUCAUCAUAACAACACAAUCGUGCUCAUUGACAGUAGACGUCAGAGUUGUGUAAACACAACAUAUUAUUAAAAACUCUUGCUACACAUUUUAAUGUGAAUAGUCUAUAAGAAAAACGUAGAAGUCAAGCAAUGCCUGUGAAAAGUCAACAGGUAUUCAAAUUUAAACUUGAUUUUAUUUUUUAUAUUAAUUAAAUUUUGCUUUUUUUUCUUCUUCUAUAUAUCCAGCGACGACAAACAGAUCAAGUUCGAAGUAAUAUUAUAGCAGGAACUACACCUAAAACAACACCUUCUACAAGAAAACGUGAUGUUGCUCUAUCGAAAUCAAAUUCUAGUGAAACUAGAACAAGUAGUUGUUUAUCAAUUGCUAUUGAAAAUAAUUCAAAAGACUCAAGACAUCAUAAACCAUUGAAAAUUAUAACUGAAGUUGAUGAAACAAAUAUUGAUGAAAUAUUAAAUUUAUCAGAUUUAUCACGUGUGCCAACAACAUUUCUUACUGAAAUUCGACAAGAUAAAGUCUAUGGAACAAUUCUGAAAGAAAUUCAAAAGAAACUACCCACUCAACCAUCAGUAGCUUUAUCAGAACAAGAACAACAAAAAUCUUUACCAUCACAUCAGCUUAAUGAUGAUAUUUUUCUCGAUUAUGAUACUAAUGAUAUCUUAUCUUCUGCAUCCAGUGAAGAUCCUACAUCGUCACAAGAUGGUUAUGAUACAGAUAUUGAAUCAGAAAUUCUUAUUUCAUCAGAUCAUGAUAUAACAGGUCGAGCACAAUAUCAUGAAUUAUGUGUACAAUCAAAAAUUGUUCCAUGCUCAUAUUUUAUGGCACAUAUACAAGAUAAAGAAAUGAUCUUACGUCAUCAUCAAUUUAAUACUGAUGAUAUUCGAGCAAUAGCAAAAGCACUUAGUUCGAAUAUUAGUAUUGAACGUUUAUUCUUAGAUGGAAAUUAUUUACAACAACAAGCUGCAACAUAUCUUUCUGAAAUGAUUGUAGCAAAUGAAUUUAUUACAGAAUUAUCUCUUGCUGAUAAUCGUCUUGGUGGUGGCGCUGGUGGUGUAGGCACAAUAGAAAUAUGUAAAAUGUUAACAUUAAAUCGUAAUUUAAAAAAAAUUAAUCUAUCUGGAAAUAAAUUCAAUGAUGUUGAUGCUAAUCUAUUGAUUGAAGCAUUUGAACAUAAUAAAACACUUCGUGAGCUUAAUUUAAGUCAUAAUUGUUUUGGUGAAGAAUGUGGUAAAGUACUCGGCGCAUUUAUUAGUGGUAAUGAAUCAUUAGAAGCAAUUGAUUUAAGUUGGAAUAAAAUUCGAGGACGAAGUGCUAUAGAUGUUGCACAUGGAAUUAAAGAAAAUGUUCGUUUAAAACGUUGUAAUCUUCAAAUGAAUGGUUUUGGACCAGAUGGUGGACAAAUUUUAGCAGAUUGUAUUCAACAAAAUGCUGCAUUAGAAGAAUUUAAUAUCAGUUCUAAUAGACUCAAUACACCAAAUGCAUUUACUAUAGCUAAAGCAUUACUUGCAAAUGAUUCGCUUCAAGUUUUAAAAAUUGCAGAUAAUCAAAUAAAUUCUGAUGGAGCACUUGCUAUUUUUCUUUGUGUCAAGACUAAUGAAUCAAGUAUAAUACGAGAAGUAGAUUUUUCACAUACAGUAGUUACUCAAGAAGUAUUAGAUACUUGUGAAGAUAUUGUAAGAUUAAAAGAUGGAAAAUUUCGAUAUCGAACUGGAAAAGUAACACCAAAAAUUCUUCAACCUAAUUCAAUAAGCGAAUGUUAUAUUCCCACUGAUGAACAAGUUCUUAAUAAAUUACGAUCAAAAGCAGCUAAUGCAAAACAGCAUGCUCCUUAA